GGUGGUGCAGAACCUUCUGAGAUGGAUAGCCUGAAUUAGAUGGUGGUAACUCUGCCAUGGAAGGGACAAAAGAUGAGAGCUUUGAUAACAACAAAGAUGGUAGCAGCAGAGGACGUUAUGCAAAAUGGAGAAGAAAGAAAGUGAAGAAAAAUGGAGCUUCAGGGCAUACAGAGAACAAAACCUUAGAAGAUGAAGCUGGAACUUAUCCGAGUACCUCAGAUGAGGAUGGCCACAGUGCAGCACAAGGACCUGGAAAAGAAGUUUGCAGGAGAGACAGGCCUUGUAGGCCAAGAUAUUUCAGAGGUGAUGUUGAAGAAGGUAAAGAGCACUUGUUCAAAACUCACAUGUGUCCUGAAUGCAAGCGCUGUUUCAAGAAGAGGACUCACCUGGUUGAGCACCUGCAUCUGCACUUUCCAGACCCAAGUCUGCAGUGUCCCAAUUGCCAGAAGUUUUUUACCAGUAAAAGUAAACUGAAGAUACAUUUAAUGAGGGAGAUGGGUGAGAAGGCACAUCACUGCCCUCUCUGUGACUAUAGCUCAGUGGAAAAGAAUGCUCUGAACCGACACAUGGCCAGCAUGCAUGAAAACAUUUCCAACUUCUACUCAGAUGUGUACAUCUGCCCUGUGUGUGAGGAGAGAUUCAAGUUGAGUCAGGCUCUAAAGGAGCAUAUGAAGACUCAUAAAGAUGAGUCAAAGGCGCUGCUUUGCUUUUUAGACACAUGUGACUUCACUACAGAAGAUCGCAAGGAGUUUAUUAAACAUGCAAAGGAGUUUCAUGACAUAAAGGUAGUGGAAUGUAGAUAUCAUGCCUGUUCUAUUCUGUUCAGGACUCGUGAAGAGAUGGAAGCACAUCGCAAAGUGCACUAUGCCUUCCACUGUGACCAGUGUGAUUUUGUAUGUUCCAAUAAACACGUAUUUCGGAAACACAAACGUCAGGGUCAUGCUGGCAAAGACGAGCUUACCUGUGCCUUCUGUCCUUACAAGACAUUUAAUCCAGUGGAGUAUAGUGACCAUGUAGGGAAAAUGCACGCCAAUGAGAAAAUUCAUAAAUGUACAGAGUGUAGCUUUGCCACAGCUCACAAGAGAGUAUUAAACCGGCACACUCUGCUCCAUACAGGCGAGAAGCCUCACAAGUGUACAUUAUGUGCUUUCACAUGCCGUGAUGUCAGCUACCUGUCCAAACACAUGCUUACCCAUUCUGAUGAUAAGAAUUACAUGUGCACUGAAUGUGGUUAUGUCACCAAGUGGAAACAUUAUCUCAAUGUACACAUGCGCAAGCACACUGGAGAUCUGAGGUACCAAUGCAAUCAGUGUUCAUAUCGGUGCCAUCGAGUUGACCAACUCACCAGUCACAAGCUACGUCACCAAGCCAAGUCACUUAUUUGUGAGGUCUGUGGAUUUGCUUGUAAACGCAAAUAUGAACUGCAGAAGCACACACAAAUGAAACAUUCGCAGGACUAUCAGAUGCCCACAUUUCAGUGUCAGUACUGCACUUACCAGACCAAGUACAAGCAGGCUCUUCUCAACCAUGAGAACUGUAAGCACACCAAGCAGAAAGAGUUUCGCUGUGCUCUGUGCUCAUACCGAACAUUCAGCAACACCAGCCUUUUUUUUCAUAAACGGAAAAUUCAUGGAUAUGUUCCUGGGAACAAAGAGUGGUUGGACAACUAUGCUAAUAAGGAGCUUGCUAGCAAUGCUUCAGAUAUUGUGCUAGAAUAUAAUCAUAUAAAUUCAACUCAGAAACCAAGUGAAAAUGCUCCCACUUCAGAGAAAGUCGAAGUGCCGAAAAACAAGUCAUUAACAAUAGAAUGUCCAGAUGAAAUGUGUUCACAAGUCUUUGAUACAUCCAAUUUUCAAGAUUGUCCUGCACAAAUGGAACCAAAUGAAGGAGCUGAAACUACUGAAAAGGUAUUAGAAGAAUUAAAUCAGAUUAAGGGAGGAGGGGAUGAGAAAUCAUGCAGUCAAGCAACCAUUGAUACUACCUGUGGUGAGACUGACGGCAUUCAGGAAGCAACAGUGAACUGUGGUUUACCAUUUGAAGACGGCUUUAGUACCCAUCUUGACCUGCAUAACACCACGUCAGAUCAACUGACAAAAGAUGUAUCUGUUCCGAGGAAUGGGGUUGUGGAAUCUUGGAACUAUCCAGAAUCUGGUAUAGCAUUUAGCCAGCUGGAAUCAAAUGAAGGUCUUGUUAUACAGGAACAUCCUCCUAGCUUUGAAAGUCACAUUCUUAAGAAAAAAUCUACUGAUAAGUCUAAUAGUGAGCAGUGCAAUGUGAUAGAAAUCAUAGCAGACAAAGGUAAAAGCAACAGCAGCUCUGAUGAGAUUCUGGGUAUUGGCCAGGACCACAUAUACCUUUCAGAAUCAGUCUGUAGCUCAGAAGUAGUUUCAGCAGAUCAAGAUGACGCAGAUAAAGAUGGGAACAUGUGGAUUAGUGUACUGCAGCCCAGCAUUCUAUCCGGUAGUGACCAGAGUAUUCUUGUACCUAAUGAGUCUGAUUUCAUCCACUUAUCAGUUAUCCAGGACAAUACUGACCAGCCUGAUGAGGAAGAAGACAGCAGUCUUUUGCAGUCUGAAUCCGUUAUGAGAGCUUUGCGGAGACAGGACAAAGAGCAGGCAGAGACACUUGUCUCAGAAGGAAGGGUACAGAUGCUGGUGGUCCAGUCAGAAACUCAUGUUUAUAAGUGUGAAAAAUGUGCUUAUAUUACCAGGAAGGAAAAAUCAAUGCAACUUCACUCUAGAUCAGGCUGCCAGGGGAAAAAGUCUCCACUGGUUUGUAAAGAAUGUGGAGCCAGUUUCAAGCAGCAGAGAGGACUAAACACACACAUACUUAAAAAAUGUCCAGUGAUUCUGAAAAAGAGUAGAGUUCUAUCCAAACUGGCCUAUAAUGUACAGUGCAGUAGUAGCAAAGAUGAACAUCAGAUUACUUUAGAUUCUGCAGUUGUAAUUCCAGGUAAUGAUGGAUUAUUUUCAGGUUCUUCUCAUGAAGAUCAAAGUACCUUUGAUGGUUGUGUGAUUAAUCAAGCUUGUACAGAUAUGGAGAUUCCUGUAGAUAUUACUAGUAUACUACAGCAGAAAUGUAGUGAAAUCAAGUCUGAAAUCCAGCAUGACUUUCAGGCAGUAGCAGCAGAGUGUCCUGUGAAUGUUGAUGUAGAGCUUUUGGCAGAAACUACACCCAGCGGUAGCUUUCCUGUAAAAAAUAUUUCAGAACUGGAGACACUGCAGGUUAGUGAUAUUGAUAUUCUUGAUGGAUCAGAAAGUAAUACAUUUGCAAAAGCAGAUAAAUAUAUAUUGGAGCAAGGUAAGUUCCACUGCAAUUUUUGUACAUUUGUCUGUUCAAGACAAUCUACUAUUUUGUGCCAUGUUGAAGAAGGGUGCAGGAAAAUGGAGCACUUUGAAUGCAACAUUUGCACAAUGACAUUUCAGUCAAAAAGGAUCCUGAGAAAACAUCAGAUUAAAAAGCAUAGUGAACUGGGUGCUGAUAAACUGGAUGCAGAGGAAGAAGAAUGUUUUACAGAUUCUGAGGAAGAAGGAAAUUUGGUGGAGUCUACCAGUGAAGGAGUUGCUAGUGAUGAAGACUGGGGUAAGUCUGCUGAUAUAGGAGGACUUUUUGAACUAGAUGGAACCCAUAAAGAGAGGAACUUGUCCUGCCCUUCUUGCCCUUUCACUUGCAGCCAAUCUAGAGCAAUGAAAACUCACAAGAAAAUGGGUUGCAUGAAACCUGGUGAAUUCCAGUGCAGCCUUUGUUCUUUCAUUUGCAAGUCCUUCAAAGCCUUGAGUCAUCAUAAACAACUUCACCAGUCUGUGUGCAGUAAGAAACCACAGCUGACAUGUGAACUCUGUAACUUUACCUGCAAGCAGGCCCGCUGUCUGAAGCAGCACAUCUCAAUUAAACAUGAGGGUAUUAAGCCAUACAAAUGCAGUUACUGUGAUUUUAGUACGACCAGACGUUAUCGUUUAGAGGCCCAUGAAUCUCUGCAUACAGGGAUGGGCAGAAUAACUUGCGACAUCUGCAGUCAGACAUUUGGUACAAACUCAAAGUUGAGAAUACACAAACUCAGAGUCCAUGAAAAGAAGCCAACUCACUUCUGCAUGCUAUGUGACUACAGUGGCUACAAUCAGAAUGAUAUCACUAGGCAUAUGAAUAGUUGUCACAAUGGAGAGCUUCAGUUUGCCUGUAACCAGUGUGAUUCCAAAUUUAGUUCUGAAACGGCCCUCAAACAGCAUGUGCUGCGGAAACAUGAGCAGAAGGUUUGUUACUGCUGUCUGCAUUGUUCAUUUACAUGCUACAGUGAGGCCACUCUGAAAUGUCACAUGCAGAAACAGCACCCACAUCUGAUAUGCGGCAUUUGCAAGGAGAAGUUUAACACCAGGGAGGAAUUGGAGGAGCACAGGAAGGCCCACUUUAACUACCGCUGUGAAUGUUGUGACUUUGCAGCCAAAGAGAGGCAACAGCUGGUCCAGCAUCUUAUGGAAAGCCAUGAGACCACCCUUGAAAAUGAAAAGCAGCUGACAUGCCCCUUCUGCAACUUUUCCUGUCAUCAUCAGUUGGUAUAUGACUACCAUGUAAAGGGCCAUGGAGGGACAAGAGUAUAUAAAUGUACAGACUGUGAUUAUAUGACCAAAAACAAACAGAAGAUCACAUGGCACAUUAGAAUUCACACAGGGGAGAAACCUUACAAGUGUCACCUCUGCAACUAUGCUUGUGCAGAUCCCUCACGCUUAAAGUAUCACAUGCGAAUCCACCAAGAGGAGAGAAAGUACCUCUGUCCAGAGUGUGGCUACAAGUGCAAAUGGGUUAACCAACUGAAGUACCAUAUGACCAAACACACAGGCAUAAAACCCUAUCAGUGUGAUGAGUGUGAAUAUUGCACUAAUCGGGCAGAUGCCCUGCGGAUCCAUAAGGAAACAAGGCAUAAGGAGGCAAGAUCAUUUAUCUGUGAGCAAUGUGGCAAAGCCUUCAAAACACGAUUCCUUCUCAAGACUCACUUAAAAAAGCACAGUGAGGACAAGCCUUAUGUUUGUAAUGUGUGCUUUCGUGGAUUUCGAUGGGCAGCUGGAUUACGACACCACUAUCUCACCCACACCAAUGAGCACCCUUUCUUCUGUCGCUACUGCACAUACAAAGCCAAGCAAAAAUUCCAGGUUAUUAAACAUAUUCAACGACACCAUUCUCAGAAUAUGACAGAUGAUCCCAACCAAGGUGUUGGGAAGGACCCUUCUGCUCCUGUAGUCCACCUACAAGAUGUAAAACUUGGGACUGCUGAAGAAACUCCUGCUUCAUAGAGACCAAAUGAAAAUGAAGCUAUUAUUUAGACAUUUAACAGAGCUAUUGCCCUUAAAAUUCUGUUGAUGGAGACAAUCUUUACUGAUAAUCCCAUAGUAAACUACAUCUGCACAGCUAUGGUCUCACUGAGUGAGUGUGUGUGUGUGUGUGUGUGUGUGUGUGUGUGUGUGUGUGUGUGUGUGUG